AUGCCAACUCCGUCCUUCAGGCCCUCUACUUUUGCGGUCCUUUUCGCGAACUUCUCCUCCAAUAUCCAGACCCUUCCGUUCCCGACAUUCCGCCGCUCCCUUCCGUCCCUCCCAUACCCAUACCCGUCCCAAGCCAUCCCCAGCAGACCCCCACUGUUUCGCGCAAGAAGCCCAUCCGCACUCAAUCCCCAUGCGCCGCCCGCGAUCCCCAUCCCGCCUUCACCCCCGACUCUGUUCUCAGCCCUCCGUUCCCUCUUCCUGCACAUCAGCAGGAACCCGGCGGACAAGGGCACCGUGGCACCGAAGGCGUUCAUCGACAAGCUUAAGGAGCUGAACGAGAUAUUCCGCCCCGCUCAGCACCAGGAUGCGCACGAAUUUUUGAACUACCUCCUGAAUAGGAUAAUGGAGGACAUGGAGGACGAUGGGCGGAAGCUCGGGUCUAACGCGAAUGGGGUAGAGAAGUCGGGCGAGGACCUGUCCACAUCGAUAGCGACACUGUCCACACAGCCCGCGCCCUCGACGUCGACGGCGCAGGCCACAGCAUACCAUUCGACUAUUGUGCACAGGUUGUUCGAGGGUGUCUUGACGAGCGAGACGCGCUGUCUAACAUGUGAAACUGUCUCCUCCCGCGACGAGUCGUUCAUCGACCUCUCUAUCGACAUCGAGCAGAACUCAUCCGUGACCGCAUGUCUCAGGCAGUUCAGCGCGAGCGAGAUGCUGUGCCAGAAGAACAAGUUCUUCUGCGACUCUUGCUGCGACCUUCAGGAGGCCGAGAAGAGAAUGAAGAUCAAGAAGCUCCCGAACGUCCUUGCCCUGCACUUGAAGCGCUUCAAGUAUCAGGAGGAUCUCGGCAAGUACAUCAAGCUCGCGUAUCGCGUAGCGUUCCCGUUAGAGCUUCGGUUAUUCAAUACUGUGGACGACGCGGAGGAUCCCGACCGGUUAUACGAGCUCUUCGCGAUCGUUGUGCACAUUGGAAACGGCCCGCACCAUGGGCACUAUGUUACUAUCAUAAAGGCAAGGGGAGUAUGGACACUCUUUGACGAUGACAGCGUCUCAACUGUCAAAGAGUCCGACAUCCCUAAGUACUUCGGCGAUUCCAACAGCGGAACGGCCUACGUAUUGUACUAUCAAGCUGUAGACAUCGACCUUGCUGCGCUCGGUCUCAAGUCCGCAUCACCUCCCCCCGGCUCUAGAGCGACAACAGACCUCGGCUCCGUCCCUGGCAAGCCCGUCGGUAUCGCAACCACUGAGCCGAGCGAACAAAGCCAUACCCCUAUUUCACCAUCUCUUCAGAGACCUCCUGGACUGCAUUCUUCGGUCGAUGACCUUAACUUAUCAGAUAAGAGUGAUUCCCCUCUACCGACGCCUGGGGCGGCGCAACCGAUAUCUUCAACCAAUAACACCUCCGACUCGUUGCCCGUCAUUGCCCCUACACCUUCUUACCCCAACCUCGUCGUAUCCGUGCCAGAUGGACCGCCGACCCCCGGUCCGAUGUCUCCCUCUCGGGAGAAACAUAGUCAUGGCACCUUUGGCAAGGCGCUGAAAACCCUUCGCCAGACUCCUUCGCUCCGCCUCAAGACCCCGAACGGCAAGGACGGAUACCGACGCAGUGUUACCGACUCCUCUGCGAACCUCCUUCCCCUCUCCUCGACACCCGCGUCCCCGAGAACGCGUCGACCACAAACGACAGAAACGACUGCUACGGCGUCCACGACCGAGACCAGCACGCACGAAACCGUGCCAUCCGUACCGUCGUCUCCCCUCCCCUCGAAGGGCUACGCGUUUCCGAAUGGUACGGCCGCGACGAGGGAUAAGGAGCGCACUCCCGAGAAGAAGUCGAGCACGUGGUUCCGCCGGAAGAGCACCCGCGAGGAGACGAUGCCUGUCGCAUCGCCCUCCCUAUCCCGGCUCGGCCGGCGUGGGUCCGAGGCGGCGAUCUCGGGCACGUCUUCGCCCGCCAUCCCGUCCUCGCCCGUGCCCCCAUUCGCCUCCGGGUCGCGGACCGACCCUCCGUUCUCACCCUCUUCACACAAGAAGUCUGCCCCGGAUUUAUCGAAGAGCGUCAGACGCGAGAAGCGCGCGUCGGGUAACGCCUCCUCCAAGCUGCCUCCCCGUCCGUCGACUGCGGGCGCGACCAUGACAUCGUCCUCCAGGGGCUACCACUCAGGCGUGGGUGUGCCACCCCCGCUGCCCACGCUACCUGGGUCGCCCAUGACGCCCGGGAAGGGCACCGCUGCGGACUCGUUCUUUCCGCCGAAACGGAAGGAGCGCGACGCCGCCGACGGGUCACCUCGCCAGCCAGAAGAGGCGUCCCUCCCUCCUCUCCCAUCCACACCGGCGGGCGACAGCGGGAGAGAACGACAACGAGAAGCUCAAUCAGACUCGGUCCCACCCCCAGCCCGCAUCUCUCAAUCCGAUUCCCAAUACUCCUCCACGACCUAUUCGCAUUCAAACCACACUUCGCAUACACACGGGCACGCGCGCCCCGGUCCGCCAGGCUCAGCGUACUCAGAACCAGACCCUUACGCGACUUCAUUGAGCUUUGGGAGGUCGGGAGGGGGCGGGGUGGGCGACACGCCGGUCGUGCCGCACAGCAGUAGCUCGAGUAGCUCGACUGGGAACAACUGGAAGCGCGCAACGAGGAAGCUGAGUCUCACGGCACCUAACAUCUUCGGGAAGAAAGAUAGGGAGAGGAAGGAGGUGCCGCCCCCGAGUGCGUUCGCGCGGUGAGUGGAUGAAGCUAGGGGAGGAAAAGUAUGUCUUGUUGUGUUUUCAUGUGUUGUCGCACUGCGCGGACGCUCGACUUUCUUUUGCACUCCCCAUUUUUGUAUAUUAUUACUCGCUGUUACAGUUGUCAUCAACACCCGUGCGCCCAUGAGGAUGGGAUGGACAGAGAUAGGCAUUAUUAGCCGAUACAUACAGCUCCUCGUGUUCGACAUCUUUUUAUCACCUUCGCUUUUCGUCAUAUGGCUGUACUCUCUUACCAAUAUCCCAGUAUACUUAUCAGUGAUUCAUCCAAUCCGCUAUCCCUGUCGCUGCCCUCCCUGUUCAAUCCUGUGCAUCCCCUGCACUCUGUUUCGACAUAACCGCAACUACUUC